CUUCUGUGUAUAUACGUCAGCGGUUGACUUCUCAGCCAUUUUGGUUGGGUACACGUCUCACACACGCAUUUUCGGGAAAGAAGUGGUGCAUACAUCUACGACUUUACUUAUUGGUUUAGGUAAUCAGAGUAGAGGAAGUCAAGAUGUUUCUUUGGAGCUGGUUUCAGAAUAUGCUGUCAUUCUUGGGCCUUGGUCACAAAUCAGGAAAGUUGUUAUUCCUGGGUUUAGACAAUGCAGGCAAGACUACUCUGCUUAGUGUCCUUAAAGAAGGGCAUAUAAUUCAGCCAGUGCCAACGCUGCAUCCAAGCUUAUACAAAAAGUCUGGUAAGCUAGUAUUCCUGGGUCUAGACAACGCAGGCAAGACCACGCUUCUUCACAUGCUUAAAGAUGACAGAAUGGCUCAGCAUGUGCCAACCCUGUAUCCAACCUCUGAAGAAUUGAGCAUGGGAGGGAUGAGGUUUACAACUUUUGAUCUUGGUGGUCAUAGGCAAGCUCGGAGGGUUUGGAAAGACUAUUUCCCUGCUGUGGAUGGCAUUGUCUUCCUCGUUGAUGCUCAUGACAGAGAGCGAUUUGUAGAGGCAAAAGCAGAGUUAGAUAGUCUGCUGACAGAUGAGCAGGUGGCAAAUGCUCCUAUAUUGAUCUUGGGAAACAAGAUUGAUAUCCCUGGUGCUGCUAGUGAAGAGGAGAUCAGACAUUUGUUUGGCCUUCAUAACCUUACUACUGGCAAGGGCCAAGUUUCUCGUAGUGAAUUGCCUGGCCGCCCUAUAGAAUUGUUUAUGUGCAGCAUCUUAAAACGUCAGGGCUAUGGUGAGGGAUUCCGCUGGAUUGCCCAGUAUAUCAACUGAGUUUAGCAGCUUGUGCCUGCAGUGGAUGUGACACAGUAGACAAUGUGCAACUGGACCUGACUGAAACCCUGAACUCUUGAACUGAAUGGCACUUGCAUUUUGUGGCACUUUCAUGCCAUUGUGGGUGCUUGAUUGUUUGCAUGUGUGUGUGUGUGUGUGAACAUGUGCAUGUUGUAUGAGAUGUGUUGAUCAUGACAGAAACUUAACCUUUUCUCCAUUUCUUCCAUUCUGUUGUAAAAGUGAUACACUAAAUGUAUGCCACAAAUCACUGUGAGCAAGUGUAAGUGUAAGAGAAAAUGUAAAGAGUUCCAUAGAGAAAUAAAUCAGUCUUCAUGUAGAGAAGGUCAAGGAGAGAAAAAGUAAAGUAUUAAGGCUGGCAAUGCUUUCAACAACAUGAGAAGAUGACAGUAUGCUUUAUAACAAAAUAUCUGUUUCAUACUAGAUUUAUACAGGAUUGAUCUUUCCUCCCUUUGAAUAGGUAGUUGCUGUUGCCUAAGUUUUCUCAUCUCUUCUUGGGGUUACUGCUUCACAUUCUGAUUUUUUCCUUCAGCUUCAUGUCACCAUGGUGUUUGCUGUCAUCAGCCACAUACCAUUUUAUAGCACAUUUGAAAUGUGAAUGCCUAAUCUGGUGUAACAGUUGUUUAACCUUUGCAGGACAGUUUGCAACUCUGCAGUCUUACUGUUUUCUGUUGUGUGUUGAGAACUUAAAUGCCUCUUUUCCCUUGGAUGGGGUGGGGAGGAUUCCUUUCUAGUGUUUGUUUUUGUUUUUUUGUUUUUUUCUUUCCUUUCCUUUCUUGGCUAAUAUUAAAGGAUAAGUUUCAAAGUUAAAGAACCAGUUCUUUUGGAGAAAAGCAUGUGAAAUCUAAAGGCCAGGUGUAUAUCUGUGUGAAUGAAGUGUAUUUUUCCAUGCAUUUUGUUACAACAGAAUAAAUGCUAAUCCCUUAAUUGUUAGUGUUUGCUGUUAAUAAGUUCUACUUAUUUCUGUCUUUUUUUUUGGUGCAUUGAAUUUAGUUGCUUUUUGUGUUAUUUGAACACCCCAACAGGGUGUGCAAGGAAAAAAUUACACGUGAAUGUGUGCAAAAAAGCAGCUGUCUUUUCAAGGGAAACGUGUAUCAGGGGUAACCCAAUCUUGUAUGUUUAUGACCUUCAUGGAGAAGUGAUUGUUAAGACUCCUUUCCAAGAUUUCUAAAACCUUUAGGAUAGGUGAAGCUGGGUUUAAUGUUUUUUUUUAAACCUAAACUACAAAUAAAUUUUCUCACGGGUUAAGGUCACGUUUCGCAUAACAUCCUCAUUAGUGGCAGUCAUUUUUCCAACUGCACUACAGGCUUGCACGAGUCUCUAGUCUUGUAUAUAUAUUAACUCGGUUUUGUUAAGGAAAAAUCAAAUUUUCAGCUGGGAGGGGUGUCCUUUAUAUUGUCUGUGUGAUAGAGUAAAAGAACAGUCUGUAGAUCUUUGUACAGUGCUUUCACUGUGUGACAAGCUUGCUACACAGUAAUGGUUGUAACUGCACUGAAAAACUGCAUUUUAACUCCAAGUACAUGUAUUACAAUGUAAUUUGGUGCUGUAUUUCAGGAUAUCUGAUGGACUGGAGAACUAGUGCAUUAAUCAAAGUAUAUGGAGAACUUGCCAUCAGUUUUUCCUAAAAUUUGUAAUUUAUCCAGAUCUUAGACUUAAUAUCAUCAUGCUGUAGCAGGUAUUGUUUCCAUUCACACAAGCAUGCAUGUUAGAAAUAAUGCCAUAUGAGCUCGUAAACAAGUGUUUUAUAAGUGCACAGAAACAGCAUUUAAAGUUGUCAUGAAAAGUAUAUACCUUCUCAUAGAUGUUUUAUAACAAGUGAAAGCUAAAAUACCUGCUUCUCCAGUUCAGAGUUUUUCAGUGUGUAUGAUGCACACGCACAACUUACAGUUGUCAUCGAGGCAAUAUGGUGUCCUCUAAGAAUAACAUAUUGUGUGGCACUGUAGCAUGAGGGGCAAUAAGUCACUUUUUCCCCUGAAUGUACCAUAGUUUCCUUUCCACCUCCACUGCUCCCUUCUCCAAAGAUACUUUUAUGGUUAUUAAUGUCAACCAGCAUACUUGAAUUUCCUUUUCAAAAAAUGUCAGAAAACACCAUUCACAACUGGCCACAUUUCAAAAUAUUCACAUAGUAUAGACAAAAUGUCUCAAGGUGUAUCCAUAGAGCAACAAAAAGAAAAGUGCAGAUCAUAAUCUGGCACUUAAGUCUUCGUUAGGUCCUUGUAGGAUGCUAGAGGCACCCAGCAGAAUUUGGAGAGGGUGAUCUGAAAUAUAAUCCGAUGCAUUGAGGGUGACGAAGGAAACAAGGUUACUAAGACUCCUAGCAUGCUGUGGGAAGGCUUACCAUGUGCAAUCAGUGUGAAUCAACAGAAUUCUGGUUUCUCCAGGACUGCUCACAGCAUGUGGCUUUGUUUUUUGUAAAUUGAUUUCAAAAGGCACACCAUUAUUUAUAUAUUUAAGAAGUUUAAGUGAAGGAAGUUACAGAAAUUGCUGAUAUUUUGAUUUUGUGUAUCUAAUGACAGGCUAGUUUUAUUCUGAAUGCCGUUUUUUUUUCCCCUUCUGUAGAGUAUUUUUGGGGUAAAUAAAUAACAGAAUUUC